AAUCAGUUUUCUGUCCAAGCAUAUGCUAUCGAAACUACUUCAAGGACUCAAAUUUAAAAGUCAUAUGACAAAACUAAACUUGGAUUGCGUAUAAACAUUUUUGUAUAAAGUCAAAGCUAUGACUUAACAACGCAAACCUAUCAAAAUUGACGGAUGUUUAUUUUUAGUUUGUGUUUUUUCUAAAAGGGGGAUACGGCUUGAGAAAUUUACGCAAUCAGGAAAUAAAUAACAGUUUGGUGAAAAUGUCACGACUGAAUCUCUUGGCAUUCUUUGUUUUUAUUACAUCCUUGGCUGUAAUCAAACUGUCCGUUCCUGGAAACGACAAAAAUAAAGAAAUCUGGCGAGGAUUGCUACAAUUUACAGAAGCAGCUGAAAAGCAAUUGACCGACAAACCCAUUCCAGACUUGAAAUACUGGAGAUCGCAAAGAAUCAGGACCAUCGAGACACUCGAAGAGCUGAGACAGAAACUUGACAAUGUUUGUUUUUACACCAACUGCGGCAAAGCAGCUGGAAGUGGAAUGGGAAUAAUAUGCGCUCUGACAGCCCUCUCUACAUUUCUUAUGAGUCUUAUAGGAAUACCCAUCUCGAUCCCAGUAAUGAGUGUCGGUGGCUUUACGUGCCCAACAGGUUACUUAACAAGAGAAGCAUCGCUUAUAAUAGAAUCGAUUUUGUCAAAAAAAUACCAGAAUGAGUUGCAAGCUGUUUUGAUGAAAGACAAAGAACUUUCUCGAUCUUUGAAUGAAUGGUUGAAAUUUUCACCGAACCUAGAAGAGGAGUUUCGAAACAUUUUCGGCUUUGAUUUUAAAUCAAAGGAUUCAAUAUCUUUCAUAAUACUCAAUGAAUUUCAUAGACUGUUUAUUGUUACUAAAAAUUUCAAAAAAUCUCUAGAUCUCCUGAAACAGGGAAAAUAUUCCUCGUUUAUAGGCAAAGGUAUCGGAAUCGAGGAUUUGCAGCUAUUUAGUAAACGAAUGCAAGAUUCUCCUGAAAUUUCAAAUAAAAUUCGAAUUUAUUUAUCUAUUUUAAGCGAUCUUAUUCAAAUUUCACAAAAUGAGAUUGAAAUCUUUCGAAACCCGAAGGUGGAAAGAAUGUUUUCCUCGCUUUCAUUCAUUCUAGAUAAAGUUGAUAUAAAAAUUCCACCAACAAUAGAAGUUCCUGCUUUCCUUUUGCUUAAAGUGUUAGAUUUGGCAAAAGAAGUCGGUUCUUUCAUAGAUGCGACAAAAAUUAUCAAAGAUGGUAAAUGCCCGUAUUCUGAUGGCAUAAUAUAUAUUAUAGAUAUGUUGAAACUAGAACUAACUACAAUAGAGUCUUCGUUCCCAUUUACCAUAAAGCAAUAGAGUAAUUACUGACUUGUUAAAACUAGAAUGGACUUUUCAAAUAAUCUAAUUGAGUGCAGUAAUUGCAAAUUUGCAAGAAAUAAUAGUAACUUUCAUUAAAUAAUAAAUAAAUUAGUACAAAUUAGAAUGAUAGUUUUUAUUAUAAAUAACUUCCACAUAUUCUUCUAUUUCAAGAAAAUCUACAAUAAUUGCAGACACGCCAAAAGUAGAAAUGACUUUCACAGCCUGUAUUAUUCCAGCCAAUUCUAUCAAAACUGUAUUAUUCCAGAUAAUUACAGGCUUGGUAGAAUUAGAAUUGCUUUACUUAAAUUCUUCAUUUUCCAAGUAGCCUGAUUCAAUACAGUAACUGCAAACCUUGCAAGGAAUGGAAUUGACUUGUAUAGAAUGUUCUUAUCCAAAAUCAUUCAAUGAUUUCUCAGAUACUAUGAUUUGAUUCUGUACAUAUUAUUCUUAACAGAUUUUUAAAUUUUGAAGAGUAUUUUUAUUUCUAUUUUUCAGAGCAAUUUAAAUAUUACGACAUAAAUUUUAAUAAUGAUUAGUGAUAAAGUAAAACUUUUCUGUAGAAUGUUUUUCGAAAAAUCCGAAUGUUCGGAAAAGUUUCAGAAGACCUAUUAGAGACUACCAUCAUAGUCUUGUUUCAUUUUAUAUUUUUUUUACCACUUCAAUAUAAAGAAACUGUAUUUUUCCUUCACUGCUACGAAAAUGUUUUAACACUAUGAAAUUUACAAAGUGGCUUGUUAUUUGUAAAUUGUGGCAUAUAUGAGGAAAAAUUCCUUCAAAACGCUUUCCAGCGGCGACUACUGAGCUACUUGCAGCUAUCUAAUCUUACGCAUAGUUACUUCUGAUAUAAUAUGUGCUCACUAAUAAAGAACUUCUAAAAACUUUGAUUCCAUCUUUAAUUAAAAAUUAUUCAAAAUUUUAAUGCUUUUUCUCAGUAGCUUCAAAUAAUGCUAAUUUACAAAAAUCUUUUUUACACAACUUUAAAAUUCAAAAAAUAAACUUUUCAAGGAUACCACUUUUAUUUAUUUACUAUUUUUUCUCUAAUUCUAAUAAUUAAAAAAAUAUUUUGCAGUAUGUUUUACAACAAAAUUUCUCUUUGAUUUAUUUGCUGAGUGUACGCACACGCGAGUUGCGAUAAUAAUAAAAGCAUGUUUUGUAUGGAUGUCACCUAGCUAAGAUUAAAUUGUAAACAUGAUGUAAAAAUUGAAAAAGCAAACCUAAAUUAUUAUUUAAAAAAACCUUAUCAUGUUAUGAUGCCUUAUCAUAGAGAAAGUCGUAAUGAAGUUUGGAAUUAGAGAAUUAAAUCUCCUUUUCUUAAUAUUCAUAUUAAUUAUAAAGUGCAUUAAUGACCUGAUUAUUACAAACAGAGUGAUGAAGAAGAUUAUCUCUCUGAUAAUUACAGGUAACAACAUUGAAAAUAAUUAUUGCUUUCUUAAUAUGAAUAGUGAUUAAAUAGCUUUUAAAAAUGAUAUACUUUUGUUAAAAUGAAAAUUAUUUGUUUUUAUAUUACAUUUUAUAUUAUCGAAACUCAUGCAAGUCUUAAAGUAAUUACUUAGCCAAUAAUGGCUUUUGUGCCGUAAAAUAAAAACAAAUUCAACUGAACUUAAUUUUAUUUCAUCAAAAACUGUUCAUGUCAAUUAUUUCACAAGAAACUUUAAAAAAAAAAAAUUCAGAUUGGCUACAGAAAUUUAUAUAGAAAAAUU